AUGGGAGAGCUAGGUACCAUCCAGGUUAAGAUUAUCUCAAGAGAAGUCAUCAAACCCUCCUCUCCAACUCCUCCUCACCUCCGAAUUUACAACCUCUCUUUGUUGGAUCAGUUCACUAGUCCCAACUAUGUACCAAGAGUUCUCUUCUACUCCAACAACGAUAUUGUGUGUGACAGCCCACUCAUCUGUACUACUGCCAACAACAAAUCUCAUCAGCUCCAGAAAUCCCUAUCUGAAAUCUUGACCCUCUACUACCCUUUCGCCGGAAUUCUCAAAGACGACGGAGCCUCCAUCGAUUGCAACGAUGAGGGCGUUGAGUUUUUGGAAGCUCAAAUCGAUAGCCAACUGUUUGAUAUUCUCAAACAACCUACGUUCGAGGCUCUACGCUCGAUGUUUCCCAGUGACCUACUGGGAAACAACUCAUCAUACAAGGGUCGUAGUUUAGUGGUCAUUCAAGUCAGUCAUUUCACUUGUGGUGGAAUGGCCAUUGGCGUGUGCAUGUCACAUAAAAUAGCCGACGGCUCCACCAUGGCAAACUUUUUGAAUGACUGGGCCACCACGGCGCGUCGUAAUGAAAUAGUACCCUCUCCUCAUUUCAUUUCACUAUCGUCUGGCUCAUCACCGAUCGAUGAUCCACUCAUUGUGGGCGAAAUCAAGAUGGGAAGAGUAAGUUCUGUCACGAAGAGGUUCGUGUUUGAUGCCUCCAAAUUAGCUGAACUCAAGGCCAUAAUCACUUGUGAAUCAGCAGAAAUUGAAAAUCCCACCCGAGUCGAAGUUGUGACUGCACUGCUCUAUAAAUGUGCUAUGGCUGCGUCAAAAGCAAACUCACCCUCUACUUCGAGGCCAUCCAUUUUGAGCCAAGUAGCGAACAUGCGCCCGAAAAUGGUCCCUCCCUUGCCGGAAAAUUCUGUUGGGAAUUUUGCGUGGCACUUCGACAUCUCUGUAACAGACGAGGAAGAGGUAAAUUUGCAUGGAUUGGUUGGUCAAUUGAGGGAAAGUAGGACAAAAUUUUACAAGUACGCGGAAAAUGUUACAGUGAAUGAAUGGUUGUUAGUAGUACGAGAGUUUUUCAAGGAGGUAAAAGAGCUAUUUGAAAGAAAGGGUGCUAAUAAUGUUGAUUUCUAUAUCAGCAAUAGCAUGUGUAGGUUCCCAUUUUACAAAGUGGAUUUUGGUUGGGGAAAGCCAAUAUGGGUAUCUACUGAUGGAGUAAAUGUGUCUAAGAAUUUAUUUUCGUUGAUGGAUUCAAAUAGAGAGGGUGGAAUAGAAGCUUGGGUAUCGUUGGGUGAGAUGGAGAUGAGAUUAUUUGAACGUGAUGAGGAGUUACUUUCAUUUGCCCAAUUCAAUCCAAGUGUAAGGCCUUAUUUGUUGCAGUGA